AUGCUACCACUGCUGUUGCUGACCGAUGGGGAUACUCUUGUUUUCAUCGAUCCCGCUCCCCAAGACCGCUCCAAGAACAACCUCUUGACCCCGACCGUUCCCCAUCGGGUUCACAGCGAGAAACUCUUAGCCACAGGAUCAUCAUACCUCCUGCGGCUCUUCAGCCCCCGAUGCCAGAGUCAAGUGCGAAAGCGCCGAGGCUAUACCAACGGCCUUCCUUCGGGCAUCAAUUAUGUGAUCGAUUUGACCCCUCCCACUGUGGAUGAGGAUGCCAUCAUCUUUUUGACCGAGGUGUCCUGCCCGAUGGCAAUUCGAACCUGGGCUUUUCGCCAAGGAGAGUGGGAUCUACCACCCUCUUGUGUCGGAGGCGAGGAUGAACUAGAAGUGUUGCCCGAUAUUCCGGAGAGCCCAACGGGCAAUCGCAACACUACGUUGGCCGCCGAUGAAGACAGCACAGCCGAUUCGAGCACUUUGGAGGCGGAAGACGAAGGCGUGUUCCUGGCUUUAGGAGCGGACCCCCAGCGACGGUCUCAGCUUCGGCGACCAGCUCGGACUGCUCUGCCCAUUGAGUACUCGGCAAAGCGCCAUCGGGAGGGUAUCGAACACAUUCUGCAUGUCCUGGAAGGCUUGAAUGCAACACUGGAUACUCCGUGCAAGAUGUGGACCUUUUUUGCCGUCGCCAAACUUUUGGAUGUUGCAAAGGUCCCUGCCGUGAAGGGGUAUAUCAUGUCUUGGUUCUAUCACUCCACCAAUAUCCGAUUCAUUGAGAUUCACCCCGAGAUAUCAUAUCGCGUGUCCUGUGGUAUCAAAGUGAGCGCUCUCUGCGCGGACUCGUUUGUUGGACUGGUCGGAGAUGAGGCACUUCUCUACAUUAUGCGAGAGGCACGUCUCACGCCGCCCAGAUCAUGGGCACCUAUUCUUGACCACAGCCGCAUUGCCGACUUCUUAGAUGACACCGAUGUGCAGCGCAUCGAAUACGCCAGUAAGAGUUUUGCUGGAACAAUUAUCGGCGACUUCUUGUUUUUGACUGGGUUCGACAUGCCGUGGUUAGCACAGAUUGUCGAAUACGGAAGACUAACCCAGCAUAUGGAAGACUUUCCGGAGGAUAAAGGCCUAGUACUUGAGUUGGAGGGGUUGCUCAAAGACUACAUCCGCGAAAGGAUCUAUCGCGUUUUAUGCCACGCCAGAGACCCUCGUCGAUCAUGCAAUGUACCCGCACCAUCGGACCAUGACAGUCACAUGAGCCAGCUUAACCGACCAUCGGUCAUUCGCAUCAUCGGCAGACAUUUCUGGUGUGAUCUCUUAUCUGUGGAUAUUGAGUCGAGCAUCCUUGGCCCAUUUGAACCAUACCAUCAGUCGAUUGCUGAUAUUGGCAACGGGAUAACUGCUUUUGCAGGUCACGAACUUGCUAGCAUCCGUUCUGUUCCCAGAUAUUCCGUCGAGCAGAAGGUUCGGGAAUUCAACAUGCAGGUCAGACGUCAAUUAUCUCAGAUCCUUUUCCACCCUAGCAGACGCAGCGCGCUGGGUGCGAACAGAAGUCACUUGUCAAACCCCUCAUUCAAUACGAGUCGCCCAUUCCAGGGUACUGAGCCUGCUGUGUCGACUGACGACGGACACAACAAGAGCUUUACUAUUAAUUUACGAUAUCCACAACGAUCUCAGCCAGCUGUAAAUUCAACCCAAACGGAGCGACAGCUAUAUCUGCCCUACCGACCUCUUCUUCAACCUUCCUCCGAUGAGAAUCAUAUCCCAGAGCGCACCUCGGAAGAGUUGACCUCCGCGUUACAAGGUUCUGUCCCGGGAACCACCAGUACUAAAGUCAACGCCGAAGAGAGGUCCUUCGACCUAGACCUUUUCCUUUCUAGUGCCCGCGCCCUGAUAGUUGAGAUCUCGAGAACUUUGCUCUACCCUCACGGCGAAGCCACCGCGGCACUUGAAGCCACCGAAACUCUUUUCUCGUUAACAAACAACCAAUUCCGAUUCCUGCCUCUGUGGGCAGGUGGCAAUGACGACGGAUCUGGAGGUGUCUUCAUCGACCAGAACAUCCCAGUAAUGGAAACUGGGGGCUUCUCUGCACCGGGUCCUGCUGUGCACACAGGUAGCGUGGCUUCAACCUGCACGGACAAUUCGCUUAGUGAAAUCGAUCCGGAUGAUUCCCUGUCCACUGUCCAAGGUGCAUCGCACCAUGCCACCUACUCCCAUAUAUCUGAUCUCUUAUCCGUGGACUCCUUCGAAGAGGUAUCUCGGGAACACCACGAUGGGCCGGUUCAGACACAGAGUCCUGCCAGUUCUGCGCCCGCAUCCACGAUUCUUUUUGAUGAUGAGUACGAAUUUGAUGUUCUGAGUGACGGUGGCAGCACCGUAGUCAUGGGGUCGGGUCGUCUCUCCGACAUUGAUGAUAACGAAGAAUUCGAUAUUGAUAUGGAGCAUUCCGAUAUCGACAAUGAUGACAAUGAUGACCACGAUGAUGAUUUGCAUGAGAGUCAUGAUGAUAGCUUUGAGCUGGUUGAUUCACCCUGA